UCAACGGGCAACGACUACGAUGCUGACACGUCAUUGGUCCAGCAUCCUACGGCUCUACACCACCGAGCUCCCAACUAGCGCUUCUGGCCACAAAAAGCCGCCACAAAUCUCGCGCAAUGUAGUCCAUGAAAGCCCGCCAUCUCUAGAAUACGCCAGGGCCGUAGCUCCAGCACCCUCCGCCACUCUUAGUCGAUCAUUUGUUCACGCCACUGAUAAUAACAUUAAUCUCUAAUCAUUUCGAUUUGUUGAAUUCCUAAAACUGUAAUGGCUUGCCUUCAGUUAUUAAAAUCUACUCCAUCAAAUUCACGGACGAAUUUCGGGUGUUUCUGUUCGGAAUUGAAUUCCAGGGCGUCAGUGAAAAGGAGCAUCGGGCUUCGGAGCUCAGGAAUUGUAACUGCUUAUAGGAGGUUUAGGGUUUCUUGUAAAGUUGAAGGCAGUGGAGAUCAAAGCAACGGUGAGGAACCUCCUGAGUCUUUAUUUAUGAAAGAACUACGGCGACGAGGGAUGACCCCAACUUCUUUGCUCGAGGAAAAAAACAGAAGCACCGACAGAGAUGAGGAUAUAAAAUUCAGAGAAGAGGAUGGGGGUUGGAAUUACUCAAGAAGAAAUGGAGUCACAACUGAUGCUGAAGCAGACCUAUCUAAUCAAAGGGAAAAGUCUAUGGCACUCAAUAGUGAAGGCCUAGAGGGUUUGAUUCCGCGGGCCAAACUCUUGCUCACCCUUGGAGGAACCUUUUUUCUGGGUUUUUGGCCGUUGAUUCUUGUAACAAUUGCAUCUUUCUCUGCUUUGUAUCUGUACUUUGGACCGGAGUUUGUUCAUGAUGGAAGCAAAGCCCCAAUUUCUCCUCCCCAGUAUGUGGACCCCUACGCAUUACUUGAAGAAGAGAGGAUAUAUAAAACAGCUCCUCUUCUAAAUUGAAGUAUAAGCAGUACUGUCUAUGAAAGAUUUUUUUUUUCCCCUUCUUUUUUAAUUCACUAUUGUCUGUAAAUCUCUGAAUCCACGUUUUCUUUAUACACUUCAAGUUGAAUAGGGAAGCUUUACCGUCUAAA